AUGUAUGGCUCAGUUGAUAUGUCUUCACUGAGAUUAGUGCCAGAUGUAGUGGUACCACUAAAAUUUAAAGUCCCAGAAUUCGACAAAUACAACAGAAGCUCCGACCCACGCAUCCAUUUAGCCACCUACAUAGCCAAGAUGUCCGCUCUUACAGAAGACGACAUACUUUUAGUACACUUCUUUCAUGAAAGCCUCACAGGGGCCGCCUUACGUUGGUGCAUACAAUUGGACAGGAGUAGAUUACGCUCUUGGAAGGAUUUAGCGGACACUUUCCUCAAACAAUAUAAGUUCAACUGUGAUGUCACCCCCACACAGAGAGACCUCCAAAACCUAGUGCUGAGGGAAAAGGAGAGCUUUAAGGAGUAUGCCCAGAGAUGGAGAGAAAAGGCAGCUGAGGUUUAUCCUCCAGUGACAGACAAUGAACUCUGCUCUUUGUUCAUUGAGACCCUGAAGGCUCUGUAUUUCAAUUUAAUGAUUGGGAACACUUCCAAUAGCUUUUCUGAUAUCAUUCAGACAGGGGAAAGGAUUGAAGCAAAUCUCCGGUUGGAGAGAUUACAAGAAGUAGUAGGGGAGAGUUAUGUGAAAAAGUCUACCAAUUUUGGGAAAAAGAAGGAAGGGGAUGUGCACUCCAUUUCAAAGCAGACUCACCUACCAUCACAAAAUAAUUUUUGCUCACCACCUGACCAAACUGCUCCUUUUGGAUCACCUACUCCUCAACCUGGUCCAAGACCAUCAAGGAAUCCUGAUCCAUCGUUACCGCUCCCACUCAGUGAAAUCUACCGUUACUUGUUGGAUAUCAAUCAGAUAGUGUCCAUCCCACUAGACCCCAUCCAGCCGCCAUAUCCUAGGUGGUAUGAUCCCAGCGCCAGAUGUGAAUAUCAUGGCGGGGCUGUGGGACAUUCAACAGAUAACUGUGGAGCCCUUCGAGGAAGGUUAAUCCCGUACUUUGAUGAGAUUCUCACGAUGACAGUACUGGAAGGGUACAUACAUCCACAUGGGCUUGACUCUGAAAAUGAUCGGUCAGGCUCAGGAUGCCCUUAUCAUGAUGGAGCAGCCGAUCAUAAGUUGCAAAAUUGUGAUGAAUUCAAGGAGAAAAUCCAAAAGAUAAUAUCGCUUAAAAUCUUGAGAUGUCAAUUAAAGUCAAAAGAAGAAAAGGAAGUGAACACCGCCAUCUAUGGCGAAGACAUCUCAAGAUCUGCUCCAAAAAUAGUCUUUUCUGUUCCCACCACAUCAACACCGCCAUCACCAACCCUGACAGUCAUACGUACCCCACCACAGCUGCCAGUUACUAAUACCCAUGCUGUGCCUUGGAAUUAUAAUUUUCAAGUUUUUACACAGAGUGCAUCUAGCAGUACUUCCACUCCUUUACUCAACCAUACCUACACUCAACCCAUCACCACCCUUAAACCAUGUUUCACCCCCCAUGCUCACUUCAAAAUGACUUAUACGGCCCCCUCCAAUGACUCUGCUCUCCAAUUCACAUCGAAAUCUACCCUAGCAAAUGACUCACCCCUACCAGAUCAAGAAGUAGAAUUUAUUAUUAGAAGUGGGAGGUGUUAUAGCACUGAUGAAAAGAAAAGCAAAGGGAAAGUAGAGGCAGGAGAGUCACCCGUGUAA